AUGAAUCCAAUAGACAUUCGACAACAUCCGAAGAGGGUAGAGCGAUGGCAGUCCUACCAUUAUACAGAACCUUAUCCAACCAACAAAUCACGGUCAUACAGAGAUAGUGAGAACUCCACCCAAUCACACAGACUAAGGGAUUACAUUGACAAGACAACACUACCUCGAUGGAUGAGGGAAUCAGACAAGGGACCGAUUCCUGAAUACAACCUGAACAUUAGCCCUGUCGACGUAGUUGCAGUAAUGAAGGGAAUGGGAAACCAAGUCAAAGGGUCAGAGGUCAGCGGCGUAACAUACUCAGCCGCUAAGAGGCAUGCACGUGAAAUAGUCGGGAUAGAGGGUAGACCAAAGAAACAAACAGCAGCCUAUCGCGGCCAGACCAUCAGCUUCGUGGACGACGAAGCUUCACAUUUGCUUAACCUUCACCAUGAUGCUUUAGUCAUUUCUUUAUUUAUUUCGAAUUGUUUUACUAAACGUAUACUGAUCGAUAACGGUAGCUCUGCUAACAUCUUAUUUUUGAAUGCUCUUAGGGAGAUGGGGAUCGACGAGGCCACCAUCAUUCGCAAGUCCACAGUAUUGGUUGGGUUCAGUGGUGAGCAAAAACACUCAGUCGGCGAGGUCAUACUCCAUGUUUAUGCAGAAGGAGUAAACCUACAGACAAAGUUCCUUGUAGUUGACUCUCCAUCAGAUUAUAAUGCAAUCUUGGGCCGACUGUGGAUCCAUUCCAUGAAAGCUGUGCCAUCCACAUACCACCAAGUGAUCAGGUUCCCAACCAAGUGGGGAGUGAAAGAAAUAUGGGGAGCCCAAAAAGCUGCUCGUGAUUGUUAUCAAAACUCGCUAAAAGAGAAAUCAGCAACAUUAUAG